GGUUUUUUGUUUGUUUUUCCUUGGUCUUUGUUUUUUGAGACACGGUCUCUGCGUAGCCCUGGCUAUCCUGGAACUUUCUAUGUGGAACGGGCUGGCCUCUAACUCACAGAGGUCCACCUGCCUGUCUCCUGAAUGCUGGGAUUAAAGGCCUGAGCCACCACUAUACCCACUAAAGUCUAUUUAAUGACCUCUUGGGGCUUAAGUGAAAACUAAAACCCAGUUCAGAAAAGUGCAAUGACUUCUGAUUAACUGUGGGGUCUGAUGUGCCAUUUUGGAGUCCAGGCUAGGCGGUGUCUUUAACAGGGCUCCUGGGCCCACUCUGGGGCGUGGCCAGGGAGCCUUAUCUCCAGGGCCAGUCGAAGCUCCCUGGCCCCUGCUCCUCAGCGCGGGCUAUGUGCCAUGGCGUCUGUCCUGUUCCCGUCGCUUUUGCUGGUGGCCGCCUAUCCGAGGAGUGGGAGCCCCCAGCAUGAGCGGAUGCAAAGCCCUCCGGCGCCUUCCGGGACCUCAACGCCGUUCUUGGUGCGUUUAAAUCCGGAGCUGGAGGCUGUGCCUCCCGGGGGCUCGGUGUGGCUUAACUGCAGCCACAGCUGCCCCCUGCCGGUGCGUACCAUCCUGCGCACUCAGCUGCGGCAGGGAAAGACACUCAAUGGAUCCGGUUGGGUAUCUUACCAGCUACUGGAUGUGAGGGCCUGGGAUUCCAAGGUGCGCUGCGUCGUUACUUGCGCAGGAGAAACGCGGGAGGCCACCGCCAGGAUCACCGCUUACAAACGGCCGAGAAGCGUGAUCAUGGAGCCUCCGGUCCUAGUGGGCCACAAGUACACUCUACGUUGCUAUGUGACACACGUGUUCCCCGUGGCGUAUUUGGUGGUGAGCCUGAGGAGGGGUGGCCGAGUGGUUUAUUUUGAAAGUCUGGAGCGCUUCAACAGUUCAGAUCUGGCUAAUGUCACUUUGACCUACGUGAUGCGGGCAGGACCCAACGACCUCCGGCAACCACUCACCUGUCAUGCACGCCUCAAUCUCGACGGGCUAGUGGUGCGCAGCAGUUCUGCACCAGUUAUGUUGCAGGUCCUCGGUGAGGCACCCUGCAACCUCGGGGAAUUGGUAGGGGAGAGGGGAUGUUGCCACUCCACGAGGGCCCACAGAACAGGCGUGGGCUCCACGCUUGGAGGGCCUCAGACCUCCUCGUUCCUGACUUUCUUUCACUUCCGCUCCCAGCUCUGAGU